GUAUCUAAUUUUCAUUCACAGUUCACAGUGGUUGUAAUAAAUUUGUAGCAUUUGAUUGUUCCGAUUGACAAACGAAGUUGGACUAGAACUGCUCUCACUUUCAUUUUCGAACAUGGUUUUUCAGGACGGUAAUGGCACUUUCGAUCCACCGUCACUUGUGAAAAUAUCUGCUCGUUUCUUGGCUGCCAACAUGUGCCUCUUGCCAAUAAAAGUGCCCGAGAAUAAGUCGCCUAGAAGUAAACAAGGUCAUGAAUCAACUGGUCGUUUCAAGUUGCAAUUAUUUCGAAUAUCCCGCCGAAAAUCUUCCAAAAAGAUUACCACUGAACAUCGCCACGCCCUUCCUCCUUCUAUGUUGGAGAUGGUUUGGCAAGAGGCCCUCUGCCUGCAGCAAGGAAUAGACUAUGAUGAUGUGUACCGGUUCUUGAACGAAACCCGACUCUACUUAGAUCUACGUCACUGUAAAUCGCCAGUUAAGAACGGCCAGAAUGACGGCCGCUCUUCUCUCACUAGACUUUUAAAUCGAAUACCUCAAUAUUCUCCAAAUUUGACGCAUCUCAAUUUGAGUUACCAGCAACAUCUGCCGGCCGAUUUUUCAUUCCUCAGCCAGCUAGUCCAGCUUGAGUCGCUCAAGUGUGAUUAUGUUACUGAAUUUGAUUGCAAGAAAAUCCAGUCAGUGGCAGACUCGGUCGCCCCACUGCACUACUUCAAAAUACUCAGCCUCAGAGGCUGUUUCUACGUUGAAGACGAUGCUCUCGGGUACUUGUGCCGGAAGCUACAACGAUUGGAAGUACUUGACCUGCGUGAGACCCAACCGGACGGUUGGAAUUUUCUCGCAGACGCGCGACACUUCCGCCUGCUGCAGCACGAACAUCUUUUGAACGGACUCUCCCAACUCUUUCGGGAAAGCGAAUAUGAUUACACAGACGCACUACCAAUCUACAAAAAUGAGCAUGUCAAAUACGAGCCCGAUGGGCAUCCUCUUUUGAUAACCUACCACUUACACAUCGUGUUCCCGCACCUGGUGAAACUGGAAUUACUUCAAAUAUGUUUUCAAUCUCAAUCUUUGGAGUCCAUACGACAGUUGGCCAGUUUGAAAGAGUUGACACUAACAGCGGACAGAAUGAUGGCCGCCGAAGAGAGCUUGAUGGGCGUAAUGGAUAGCUGCGGGAGCAACCUUGAAUUGCUCCGUUUGUCCAAAUUUAGCUGGGCAGUGCCGCUGGAGACUGUGGCGCAGCGCUGCCCAAAUUUGAAAACGCUCCGGCUGGAGCACUGCCGAUUCCGGCCAAGCGAUGACAGCAGGUCAGCUUCGUUUCAACAGGCCUCUCACCCGCAGCAGCCGUAUUGGAAUCAACUGGAAUAUCUGGAAUUGACUGCCGUUCCCGUCCGGAUGGAUUCGAUGGCGGAUUGGGUUCUACUUAUGCCGGCGAGUCUCCAGCGCUGCGUUCUGUGUUUCGUCGGAAAUGUUAACAUUGACGACAGGUUUCUCGAGCUAUUGCCAUCAAUUGGAAUGAAAUACUUGGCUCUGAUUGGGGCCCGCCAAUUGACGGACAAGGGUGUCGAGAACCUGAUAGUUCGAUUCCGUCAUCAGCAGGGAUCUAAAAACAAAUUGGUGAUUUCAGAUUGCAACCACCAGAUUAGACAACGGCGAGCCGAGCUCGAGCAAAUAGCCCGUGAUAAUCGUGUUCACCUCUUCUUACAUUAAACUAUUUGAUUACA